AUGAUAUUCCGAUUCUACUGGAUGCUAUGGCAAGUUCCUGGCGAAUUCCUGUCAUUCUCAUGGGCUGAGGCGAAAAUGUUCGGUUUCAUUUCGAUGGAAUCCGCGAUUUUGACGGUGGCACUGAUCCGGAUGGGAUGGACGAAAAGUUUGGAGAGAAAUGAGAAGAAUAUGGCGAAUUUGAGAACGAUGAGAGUGGAAAAGUGUCAGAAAAAGAAGGAUGACUAUCGGAUUUUGUAUUGUCGAGCAUUCAUUUCGAAUUGUUUCGUUUUUUGCGCAUUUAUACUGACUUCGGUUUAUUUGGCGGUGCAUCGGGAUGUCACGGAGGGAGAGUAA